UGAAAACUGUUGUUCUCCACUUCGUAUUACCCACAGCGCAAACCAGCCUGUGGGCCUUGUACCUGCCCAGAUUCCCCUAGAUCUGGCGCCGGUAACACAAGCACUAAUGCUAUGUUUCCCGUGAAUACGUUAGCCUUUUUCAAAGGCUAGUGUUUUGCGGGGAGACUACGUUUCCCAGUAUGCAUUGCGCAGUGAUGGGGAUGUGUGCAGAUUUGCUUUGAGCGCGCGACACAAUUCUACUUCAAAAAAUGGCGGAUGUUGAAAUGGAAACAAAACAAGACAGCAGUUGCGGCGGUGCGACCGUUCCUGGUGGGAACGAGGCAAUGAUAAUCGACAAAAUGGUUAAAAGGGCCCCGCCCUUAUCGCCCAUCCCAGGGCUCCCACACAAGUCCCGGCGCACACAUUCUCCAACUCCAUCUAGCGCAGCAAUUCCAGACACAACUGAAGAAGCCACUAUCACGGAAAACGGCAUGGCUGAAGAGUCCAUGAGGGGAUCUGUUCCAAUUGAGGCUCCCUCGCUAAGCCCCUCUUCCCGAAGGAAAUCCUGGAAAAGGUCCACUAUAGGGCGGCGUUCACUCCCUGCCCUUACCAACCCAUCUCAGACACUGUGCAGGACCAUCAGUCCAUCAUUACCACAACAGGAGCGGCUGGAGAAACUGAUGGAAGCCUCGAUGAAGCGCGCACUAGAAAGAACCCAGACGUUGUUACAGUCCACGCCAAAUGCCUCACUGGAGACAUUUAAGAAACAAGCCGAGGACAUGCAAACACAAUGGUGCAGUUUGGCCGAAGAGCUGCGCAGUCCAAGGCCAGCUCAGCAGCUUUCAUCGAGUAAAGAAAAUAAUCCUGCCAUGCAGCCAGCCCUGGAACAAAAGCGCAGUGAUAUCCACAGGUUACAGGCGGAGAUCAAUUCUUGGACAGCUCUGCUGUCCAAACACCGGAUUAAAGCGGAGGCCUUGGCAAGCAAGGUGGAGCAGGGCCAGCAGAGCAGUGUAACCCUAGACACCGCAUCACUGUCCCAGUCCUCUCAGUGGCAGCUCAUCCAGCGGAAACCAGACUACCACUCAGUGCUGUCUAGACAGCAGCCUGCACUGCACACGAUAUAUUUGGUGAUGAAAUCCCAGUGUCAAAUGGUGAGAGGGCUUCUCUCCAUUGAGAAGCGCUCGCAGUUGGUGGUGAAGGUUACCAGUAGGAGCUUAGCGGCCGAAGAAGGGCUUCUGGACCUUUCACCUGACUUGAUCAGAGAUCUUGUGGCAGUGCCUUUCUCCUCAUCUUAGGUCCCCUUGGCUAAAAAGCAACUGGACCAGCCCGUCUUCCUACACGCUCCCUGAGGUUUAUUCCCCACAGUUGUGCUGUGGUUUUUGUCACUUAAUUAAUAUGUAUAUACCCUGUAUGAUUCUGUGACCUUUGCUUUAUGGCAUUUUUAAUCCGAACCACCAGGUGGCAAUGCUAUCCUUUUCAAAACAAUGCCAAGAUAGGGUUUGGUAGGACUGUGACAAGUUUUGCAUCUCUAGGGUCAACUGUUAAAAAAAAUUCUAAAUAAUGUAAUGGUAUCAUGAUUUAGUUAAAAAUACCUUAAAUAAUUUAAUGUUUGCUAAAUGCACAUAUGUUGGGAUGUUGUAUGUGUGGUAAUAUAAGUCAACUUGCAUUACCAUGCUCUUGUACAGCUCUGUAUUUUUCAAAUGAAUUCUUUCAUUUUUCAUCUGGGAUUUGUGUAUAUAUGUCAUACGUUUUACCUUUCAGAAAUAAAUUUCUAAUGGAUUGAUCCAUUUUCACAAUA